AUGGUUCCCGAGGGAAGGGUCCUCUCCUCCUUGCUGGGACUCGCGCUGCUCUGGCUCCCCCUGGACUCCCACGCUCGAGCCCGCCCAGACAUGUUCUGCCUUUUCCACGGGAAGAAGUACUCCCCGGGCGAGAGCUGGCACCCCUACCUGGAGCCACAGGGCCUGAUGUACUGCCUUCGCUGCACAUGUUCCGAGAAUGCCCAUGUGAAUUGUUACCGUCUCCACUGCCCGCCCGUCCACUGCCCCCAGCCUGUGACUGAGCCACAGCAGUGCUGUCCCCGGUGUGUGGAACCUCACACGCCCUCUGGGCUCCGGGCCCCCCCAAAGUCCUGCCAGCACAACGGGACCACGUACCAGCACGGAGAGAUGUUCAGCGCCCACGAGCUGUUCCCUUCCCGCCUGCCCAACCAGUGUGUCCUCUGCAGCUGCACCGAGGGCCAGAUCUACUGCGGCCUCAUGACCUGCCCGGAACCAGGCUGCCCUGCACCCCUUCCCCUGCCCAGCUCCUGCUGCCAGGCCUGCAAAAAUGGGUCAAGUGAGAAGCCAGCCGAAGAGGACACGGCACAGUCACACCGCGGGGCGAGACAUUCCCAGGAUCCAUGCUCAGGGGACGGCGGGAGAAAGAGAAGCCUGGACACCCCAGCCCCCACUGGCCUCAGCUCCCCUCUGGGCUUCAUCCCUCGCCACUUCCGGCCAAAGGGGGCAGGCAGCACCACAGUCAAGAUCGUCCUGAAGGAGAAACAUAAGAAAGCCUGCGUGCAUGGUGGGAGGACGUACUCCCACGGGGAGGUGUGGCAUCCAGCCUUCCGCGCCUUCGGACCCCUGCCCUGCAUCCUGUGCACCUGCCAGGACGGCCGCCAGGACUGCCAGCGGGUGACCUGCCCCACGGAGUACCCCUGCCACCGCCCGGAGAAAGUGGCGGGGAAGUGCUGCAAGAUCUGCCCAGAGGACAAGGCAGACCCCGGCCGUGGCGAGAUCAGUGCCACCCGGUGUCCGAAGGCGCCAGGCCGGGUCCUCGUGCACAAGUCCGUGUCCCCAAGUCCAGACAACCUGCGUCGCUUUGCCCUGGAGCGUGAGGCCUCCGAGCAGGUGGACGUCUACCUCUGGAGGCUGGUGAAAGAUGAGGAAACUGAGGCUCAGAGAGGUGAAGUACCUGGCUCCAGGCCACACAGCCAGAAUCUUCCACUUGAUUCAGAUCAAGAAAGUCAGGAAGCAAGACUUCCAGAGAGAAGCACAGAACUUCCGGCUGCUUACCGGCACCCACGAAGGUCACUGGAACAUCUUCCUAGCCCAGACGCCGGAGCUGAAGGUCAUGGCCAGUCUGGACAAAGGGACCAAGACCUUAUAACAAAGACCUAA